CGCGCCGAUGCUAGAAUACUACUCUGUAUUGGUCUGGUGUUAUCAUGUACAGCUUCCACUGCUUUAUUAUCUCGUCUCUUCAUUUCCCCUCUGUCUUUGAAUACUUUAGUCGCAAAAGCCCCUUACCACUGUGGUCACGCGAGCAUACUGUACACACUUUCGCACCACCCCUCCCUCUCCAUACAUAGCUUCACUCACCUACCUCCCUGUGCAACUGCAUUGAAUUCUACUCAUAAUGGCGGACAAGAUCAGCUACAAGACAGAGAACGUUGCAGCGACGAGGGUAGCCUCGGAAGACAUCGACAAGACUUUCCGGUCAAUAUGCAUUGAUAUGGUAUCGGCGGCGCUGGGAGGCAAAGUCCUUGCCUUCUCAGACGAGUGGUUUGCUGAGGCAGCCAACCUUUUGACACCCACACCCCCUAUCCGACAGCCUGGAAAGAUGGUGUACACCGGAGCGUGGUAUGAUGGAUGGGAGACCAGGCGACACAACCAAGAACCGUUCGACUGGGUUGUAAUCCGCUUGGGCGUUGCCUCCGGUAGCGUGGAGGGAGUUGAGGUCGACACAGCGUUCUUCGCGGGAAAUCACGCUCCGGGAAUCUCUGUCGAGGGCUGCUUCAACCUCAACGACGAUGAGGUGGUGUCAUGGAAGGGUGAACGUGGCGGAUGGGAGACGAUCCUGGGAUACCAGGAGUGUGGACCUUCGCAGCGCUUCGGAUGGAUAUUAAACGAGCGACCGACGACCAAGCAGUACACCCACGUACGACUCAACAUGUACCCGGACGGUGGUAUCGCACGCUUCCGGCUCUUUGGCCACGCCCACCCAGUCUUCCCUGCCGACGUCAAUGCAGUCUUUGACCUGGCGGCUGCGCAAAAUGGCGGAGUGGCCAUCUCGUGCAACGAUCAGCAUUUCGGAACCAAAGACAACCUCCUCCUGCCGGGUCGCGGCAAGGACAUGGGUGACGGAUGGGAGACUUCGCGGUCCCGCACAAAGGGCCAUGAGGACUGGGCCAUCAUCAAACUGGGUGCGACUGGCUUCGUGGACCAUGUCGUCGUCGACACGGCCUUCUUCCGGGGCAACUUCCCGCAAAAGGUGCGCCUCGAGGCAUUCUCCGCCGCCGACGGGACUGCCGAUGUCGGACACGAUGCGGAGGGGUGGGCCGAACUUGUGGCUGCCAGCAAGUGUGGCCCGGAUCAGGAGCACGAGUUCCAGUCGCUCAUCAAGGACAAGCCAAUAACCCAUGUGAAGAUUGUCAUGAUCCCGGAUGGAGGCAUUAAGCGGGUGCGUGUGUUUGGAAGGAGAGCUACUUAGGGGUGCUGGCCUCGUAGACAGUACAACCAAAUAUGAUUCAUAUGACCCAAAAAUUAUAUCCUGUAGGCAAUUAUUACAUCCUACUCGCAGUAGGUACCUAGGUAUCUAUCAGUAGACAGACAUUGGCCGGCAGAUGUUAGGUACCUAGAAAAUUUCAGCAUGGAUAUCUAGGCCA